UGUGUCAGUGUGUGUCUCUGCUCAGGAAGGUGAUGGACGCCGUCAUGUGGCUGCUGGGAGGCCACACCCACCUCACGACUCAGGUCCUCAGCUCCGCCCACUAUGAGCAGAUCCAGAUGUGUGAGGACGUCACUGUGUCUCUGCUCUGUGUCCAGAUGUGGAUUCAAGUCUGCACAGCCAACAGGAACUUCCUGUCCAGCCUGACUGACGACUCCGUCCUGUUGUUGCUGAACGAGGUCGUCGGCCAAUUAGCUGUCAGCUCCAACGUGGCGGUGGGAGGGGCCUCAGUCAAACUCAUCCUCCUCAUGGCCAAUCAGCUGCAGCUGCGUCUCAAGCCCCUCCUCCUCAACUUCAAAGGACUGGACGACCUGCUGGACAAGGACUGGAGGGGGCGUGGCAUUGACCAGGACAUGGACCAGCUAAUUGAACUCAUCCAAUCAGACAGAGGCACGACGAGUCCCUCUCAGGUGAGUGCAGAGCGUGUGCGGGCGGCGUGUGUGAUCCAGGCGUCAUGGAGGUCGUUUCGGAGCCGGCGCCGAGUGAAGAGUCUGAACAGAGCUGUGGGUUCCCUGCAGAGGAGAUUCAGGGCUCGGAGGAGGCAGCAGCAGCAACAGAAGGAGGCUCAGCAGUGGGAGGAGGAGCUUAAGUAUCAGGUGUGUGUGCGGCGCCUGCAGGCGAGGAGGGCGUUCCAUCAGAAACAGAGACACCUGCUGCAGCUGCUUCCUCCAGACCAGGUGCAGUCGUACCUGAGGGAGUGCGAGCGGCGAGCGGCGGUCGUGAUCCAGAGCGUCUGGAGAGGCUCACGAGAGCGGCGCCGCUACGUCAGCUCCCAAAGAGACGAUCUGAGGCGCCAUCGAGCCGCCAGGACGCUGCAGAGAGCGGUGCGGCGCUUCCUGCAGAACAGACGAGCGGCCAAAGCCCCGCCCACUGCACCGCUGUGGAUUGGUCAGAAAGGUUUGACGGACAGUAGGAGGGUGGAGCUGAAGGCUCAGGUGGAGGAAUACAUCGCUGUGCAUCGAUCGUCCCGGGUGUCUCCAGGCGAGUGUGAGCGUCUCCAUCAGGAGGUUCAGCUGCUGCUGCUGUCGGAGCUUCAGAGAGGAGACGAGCGGAGGAGGGCGGAGCAAAGGAUGGAGGCGCUGCUCGCUCACACACACACUCAGCUGGAGCUGCUCAGAGACGCCCCGCCCCUUUGCGUUGUCACGGCGACAGUGGCCGAGGCCUUCCUCAGCCCCUCAGGUGUCUGCGACCUUCGCGCCCGUGAAGCCCACAACGCCACGCUGCAGGCGAGCCGGCUCCCCUGGUGGAGGACGCUGGCAGAGCCGGUGGACCCGCCCGACCCCGCCCACCCGUGGGAGCUGGAGGCGGAGUGA